GCGGAAAAAGGCUUAGGAACGUCAUCACGGUGGGUUUGGUUACCCCGGGAAAGAAAUAAAAAUCGAACAGGCAAAAGCGCCGGAGCGUGCGUAUUACAUUCGUAUUUGUUUAUCGCAAUAAAGUUCCUCGAAUUAAAAAAAAACGUCAAUAUUAGUGACAUCUGCGACCCCGUUGCGCGCGCUACAACCAACCUUGCUAAAGAAAGGUAAAAAGGAAAGGGGCGUUAUACCCGGAAGGCGAGGGCCAAUCGGAAACGGGAACGGUAAAACCCGGCUUCGCUAAACACCAAUGGAAUUAUUGACUAGGACGACAGAAGGCGUGGUCGGCCUGUCGGCGUAUUCAUGGUUGUAUGUGCGACGGUGAGGAGGAGGAGGGAGCCGGCGGCGGAAGGGAAUCUCCCGCCAUUUUUCAAUCCCUUCUUUUCUUGUGUGUGUAAGGAGUCCGGGCGGGAAACCGGAGGGGGUUGCCCGUCAUAGAAAGCGUUUUCUUUCCCCGCUACGUCAUCGGCAGCCACUGACUAGGACCGCCGCUGUCUCCGGAGCCACGCAUCGUCCCUUCGCGCUGCUUUCGGGAUGGCGCCGCUGCUGGGCCGCAAGCCUUUCACGCUGGCCAAGCCGAUGAGCGAGCCACCGCCUGAAGGAGAGGAAGUGUUCACUGUCGAGCACACGAAGGAAGCGUUCAGGAGCCUGGAAGAAUACGAAGCACGCUUGCAGCGCUACGCAGAACGGAUCUGGACAUGCAAAAGUACAGGAAGCAGUCAGCUGACUCACAAGGAGGCUUGGGAUGAAGAACAGGAAGUGUCAGAACUGCUGAAAGAAGAAUUCCCCUUGUGGUAUGAGAAGCAGGUCCUGGAGAUGGUUCAUCAUAACACUGUAUCUUUAGACAAGCUUGUAGACCAGUCCUGGAUGGAGAUCAUGACCAAAUAUGCUAUCGGUGAAGAGUGUGAUGUUGAGGUUGGCCCAGAGAAAUACUUGCGUGCUAAAAUAGUAAUGAUGCAUCCUCUCGAACAAGAUGAGGCUGGAGCAGAAAAGAAGGCUGGGUCUUGUGAUUCUCCAUCCAGUGACAAGGAAAACUCCAGCCAAGUGGCACAAGAUAACCAGAUGAAGGAAGAGACUAACCGCCGAGACAGUUUAAAUGCUCUGAGAGAAAGUGACAGAGCAAGACGUUCUCCCCGUAAACUGCCUGCAAGCUUCAAAAAAGAGGAGAAAAAAUGGGUACCGCCUAAAUUCCUACCACACAAAUAUGACGUUAAAUUGCUGAAUGAAGAUAAGGUCAUCAGCGUGGUUCCUGUAGAAAGUCUGUAUCGCUCAGAGCGCCCUCCCAACAAAGAGAUACUUCGCUACUUCAUCCGUCAUAAUUCUUUGCGGCUAGGCACAGGGGAGAAUGCUCCAUGGGUUGUUGAGGAUGACCUGGUUAAGAAAUACUCAUUGCCCAGCAAGUUCAGUGACUUUUUACUGGAUCCGUAUAAAUACAUGACUGCAAAUCCAACACCCGCAACAAAGAGGAAGAGUUCAGGAUCUCCUGAUCAGAAACCAAAAAAAGCCAAGACUGAUGGUGACAAAUCUGCUCAAAAAGGCAAGAAAUCUCCUCUCAGCCCUAGUUUAUUUUGCCAGCUGAACCUAAAAAAAGUAGUGCUGGGCUCACCUUUAAAACUAAAGGAUUUGGAAGGAAAAUGUUCACCAGAGGAACUGCAAAAGUUGUUGAAACUCAUGAGUCCUAACAAGAAAGGAAAAAAGAAAAGUGGAAAGUCUCAGGUCAUCAAUGGACAGAAGGUAUCUGGUAAAGCUCGCUCACCUAAGAAGAAUUCUAAAAUGAAGCAGAUGACAUUGCUGGAUAUGGCUAAGGCUUCUCCUAAAGCAUCUCGACCUAGGAGUGCCUCAUCUACCCCCAAAUCCGCUAGCAAGCCUCAAAAGCGGCUUCCUGCUGCUGCUUUGCAUUUGAUUUCCUACUACCGUGAUAACAAGAAUCGCGAAGAUCGAAAGAGCCCUCUAUCUGCUCUCAUCUCUAAGGUGGCAAGGCUUCUUACUGAUGAAGAACGCAGUAGACUGCCUGAUGAGCUAAAAGAACUGGUACAGAAGCGUUAUGAGCAUUUGGAGGAACGCAAACGCUGGGCUAUGAUGACUGAUGCAGAGAAGGAGGACCACAUGAGAAAGAAGAGGGAAGCAUUAAGAGCACGGCUUAAGGAAAAAGCUCGGGAACGAAAGCAAAAAGAGAAGCAAGAAAGAUUAGAGAAGCAAAAGAGAUUUGAGGACCAGGAUUUGGCUGGCAAGAAUUUGCCAUCUUUCAAGUUGGUAGACACUCCAGAAGGGCUACCUAAUGCUUUGUUUGGUGAUGUAGCAAUGGUGGCAGAGUUUCUAAGCUGUUACUCUGACCUGUUACUUCCAGAUGGUCAGUACCCAGUGACUGCCAUUUCUCUUAUGGAUGCCCUCGCUGCUGAAAAGGGUGGUUUUCUUUAUCUUAACAGAGUGCUUGUUGUGCUGCUACAAACUCUCUUACAAGAUGAGAUUGCUGAGGAUUAUGGUGAGCUUGGCAUGAAGCUGUCUGAGAUUCCACUCACCAUGCAUUCUGCUUCAGAGCUUGUUCGUUUGUGCCUCAGAAAAUCUGAUGCUCCCGCUGGAGAAAGUGACUGUACGGAGAAGGGGGAUGAUGAAAGCGAGGGAUCUGCUGUUUUCCAGGAUGACGAAGUAGAAGAUGAAUUCCUGGAGAAAUUGGAAACAUCAGAGUUUUUUGACUUGACAACAGAGGAAAAGCUUCACAUCCUCACUGCUCUUUGUCACCGCAUCCUCAUGACUUACUCUGUACAGGACCAUGUGGAUCAGAAGCAGCACAGGUCAGGUGAGCUCUGGAAGGAGAGGUUAGCCAUGCUAAAAGAAGAAAAUGAUAAAAAGCGGGCAGCGAAGCAAAAAAGGAAAGAAUUGGAGGCCAAGGGUAAAGAGGAAGGGGUAGCUCCCAAACAACUUGUUAAGAAAGUUGAUAAAGUAAAUAAAACCGAUCCAGCACCAGCAGAGCAAGAACCUGAGGACAUGAUCAGUGCUGUGAAGAGUAGGAGGCUGCAAGCUAUACAAGCCAAAAAAGAAAAGGAGCAAAAUGAAAAACUUUCCAAAGAAAGAUUCCAGAAAGAGGCAGAAGAGGAGAGAAUACGCAAACAGAAAGCUUCUGCAGAGAAAGCUUUCCAUGAAGGGAUUGCAAAAGCAAAGGAAGUGCUGAGAAGAUCGCCCAUUGGCACAGACCGAAAUCACAAUAGGUAUUGGCUGUUCUCAGAUGGUGUUCCAGGACUGUUCAUUGAGAAGGGCUGGGUACAUGACAGUAUUAAUUACAGCUUUAGUCUUCCUGAGGAAGAGGAGGAGGAAGAAGCGGAUGAGGGUAACACAGAUAGUGAAGAUGCAGACAGCAGUGUUGGUGGGCCAGAUGAUUCCAUGCAGAAGGAGGAGAAAGUGGUAGAGAGCACAGUGCCUAAACAAGGGCAGAAUCUCUGGUUCCUAUGUGAUACACAGAAGGAGUUGGAUGAGCUUCUAGACUCUCUACAUCCUCAGGGCUUUCGGGAGAGCCAACUAAAGGAGAGACUACAGAAAAGAUAUCAAGACAUCGCACAUUCCAUACACCUUGCUCGCAAGCAGAACUUGGGUCUGAAGAUAUGCGAUGGACACCAGGAAUUACUGAAUUUCUUGAGGAGUGAUAUUGUUGAGGUUGCCACACGGUUGCAGAAAGGAGGCUUAGGUUAUCUGGAUGAUGCUACAGAAUUUGAAACCAGGGUUCGUUCUCUGGAUAAUCUAAAAGAUUUUGGUGAGUGUAUCAUAUUUCUCCAGGCCGCUGUCAUUAAGAAGUUCCUGCAGGGUUUUAUGGCUCCUAAGCAGAAAAAACGUAAACAUCAGUCAGAAGAGGCAGCAGCCAAAGCAGAGGAGCAGGAUGAGGAGAAGAGGAUGGCAGAGGAAGCCAAGAUUGCCUCAGCUGUAGAAAAAUGGAAGACUGCUAUCCGAGAGGCCCAGACAUUCUCACGUGUGCAUGUGCUUUUGGGUAUGCUGGAUGCCUGCAUUAAGUGGGAUAUGUCUUCAGAAAAUGCCCGCUGCAAAGUAUGUCGCAAAAAAGGCGAGGAUGACAAGCUGAUCCUGUGCGACGAGUGUAACAAGGCAUUCCAUCUGUUCUGUCUGCGACCCGUUCUCUUGAACAUACCAGAUGGUGAAUGGCUCUGUCCUGCUUGCCAGCCAUCAACUCUUAGACGCAGUUCUCGGGGCAGGAGUUAUGCUGAAGAGUCCAGUCAUGAUGAAGAGGAGGAGGAAGAGGAAGAAGAGGAGGAGGAGGAUGAAAAUGACGAUGAUGAGUCAGGAAGUGACAAUGAGCAUGAAGGAAGGAUCAGAUUGCGUUCUUACAAAGCUGCUAAAGGAAAAGCAAGCAAACUUCAGCCAGUCAAACGUGGGCGUGGGCGCCCACCAACCAAGCAUCUACAAGCCUCACGAUCCUCUCGACAGCAAGCGCCAUCAGAAAAUGGAGCAGAUGUGGAGGAAGUGAUACGUCGCAGCAAGACAGGUUCCCGUCGCCAGAACCAGGAGCUCCAAAAGUGUGAAGAGAUUUUAUGUAAACUCAUAAAAUACCGAUUUAGCUGGCCUUUCAGGGAACCAGUUAAUACGGAUGAGGAUGAAAACUAUUUAGAAAUGGUAACCACCCCUAUGGACUUCCAGACAAUGCAAAGCAAGUGUUCCUGUGGCAACUAUCAGACCGUUCAGGAGUUCUUUAAUGACCUGAAACUUGUAUUUGGAAACGCCGAGCUGUACUACAAGCCAGAAUCCCAGCAAUUAUCCUGUUUAGAGAAAUCGGAGCAGUGCGCAAGGGACCUCCUCAGCAAACACCUUCCAGGACACAUGUACCAGAGAAGACAUCGUAAGCGUCAGGCUCCUGAACCUGAACCAGAAAGCAAUGGCCGGGGGCGCAAGCGAAAGAAAUGAAGACCUAACUAAAAACGAGGGAGGAUAGGAGAUGGGUUUGAGAGAGAGGGUCAUGGGGACAGAACUGGAAGUUUACCCCUUUUUUAGAGACCAAACAUGCUUUGAGGAUUAUAUCAAUCAUGAUUGAGAGGCCCCUUAAAUAUUUGGACGUGCGGCUAUUUUUGUUUUUUUGUUUUUCCCUUUCCCUCCCCAUUCUGUUUUUCCCACUUUGGAUGUGUGCUGCAGCCAAGAGUACCUUGAUUAGUGUAGUAUUUAUUAAAUUAUGCUACCCUACUACACUCUUCAAUGGCUGCUGCCUAAUAUAUUGUGGUAAUGCUGCGCACACUCCUGUCAAGGCACUUAAUGGUGUUCAACCAGGGGAGGAUUUAAAAAGUGACAUUCAGUGUUGUGGGUUCUGCAAGAAAUGACCUCUGAAACUCCUGCACUGCUGGCAGUUUCUAACGUCCACGCUCCAGGACUUAAAAACAUUAAUUUUUUAAGGGAUGUCAGAAAUCCCACACCCUACUGUGUUUAGAAGUUAUGCCAAUUGCUUAUUUAAAUGUGCCCCAAAUGCAUAAAACACCAACAGGGAGGCACCUCUGAAGCUGGAAAAACCUAAAUAGAGAAAAAAAAACUCACCAGCACCUCCAACUUUGCCUGCCUCUAUACAUAUGCUACCAGCAAGGACUGACAGAAUGGAAGAUGACCUAUGAUGCCCUCCCUCAAAGAAGGAUUUUCCUUUUUUAUUUUUAAAAUCUUCCUCUGCCGACACAGGUAUCCAACUGUCACUUUUGUGCAUUUUUUUGUACUGACUUUUUCCCUUUUUCUAGUUAAUAAAUGUUUGCUUGUGAUCUUGUAUAAAGGGAGACUUUGUCUGGGUUUGGCACAUGUACAGUACAAUUUAUAUGAAACAAGUGUUUGCCUUUAUUAUUAUUAAAACAGAAGGAACCA